GCGAUUAUUCCGAAGCGGUUGCUCUGAGGCGGUUACAGUGAGGCGGUUACAGUGAGGCGCUCUACCUUGAACAAGACACUGCUGAAUCUGUAAGAGAUGCCACCACCACUACCACCCCAAAGCUCCAAACCUGAGACUAAGAAAUCUCAGUCCAGCAAAAUUGUGCCCAGUGACCAUGACCAAUCUGAAAAGAGGAGAGAGAAUUACCAGGCAAAGCUAUCUCCAUCUUCACCUAAGGGAGGACUCAAAAAAAGAUCAGCUUUUGAAGAUCUCACCAAUGCUUCUCAAAGUCAAUCUGCCCAGCCCAAGAAGGAAGCCAAUAAGGGGGUUAUAAAAGAUGUCCCCAAGAAGAUAAACAGGAACACACAUGCUCUUGGGGUGGCCAAGCACAAUGAUAUGAAUAUAAAAAGGUAUAAGCUGGAACCCUCACCGGUAGUAGACUCUACCACUUUGGUACCAAACGUUAUGGAAAAACCACUCAUUCUGGAGAUAUCUUCCAUCUCCAAAACACCCACCACUGAGGAGGCACCUCUCUUCAAAAAGCCAUUAGUUCUAAAAGAGGAACCCACUACUGAGGAGACAACCCUCAUCAAGAAGUCAUUAUCUUUAAAGAAAUACACAAAUAACAGAGAGAUGUCCCUUUCAGAGGGACCACUGUCCUUGCAGGAGGAGACUGACAAUGAUGAUGAGUUUGUUAUAGAGCAAGCGACUUUUAGGAACAAACAUAAAACUGAGGAGGCAGCCAUCACCAAGAGAACAUUAUCCUUAAAGAAGGAGAUGUGCGUAUAUCAGGGGAAGCAGUCCUGCUGGGAGGAGUCAUAUGCCUUGCAGGACAUCAGUGUUGAAGAGGAUUCCUUCUUUAUGGAGCCAAUGAAUUUUAGGAAGAAGCCUAAAACUGGGGAGUCACCCCCCACCAAGAAGAUGUUAUCAGUAAAGAAGUGUACCAGUCAGGGUAAGAGGUCCCACUUCAAGCCACUAGUAUUGCAGAAGACCAUUUCUGGAGAGGAGUCACUCACUAAAGAGCUGUCGUCCUUUAAAAAGGAGCCUACCACUGAUGAGGAGUUUUUCUUCCAGGAGUCAUCUAUGUUGCAACAGAAGCACACCACUCAGGGGGAGGUAGAUCUUUUGAAGAAGCCAUGGGCAUUGCAGGGGAAUAGUGACAGUGAAGAUAACUCUGUUAUGGAGGUAGCUUCCUUUAAAAAGAAACAUACUACCAAGAAGUCAAACCCCAUAAAGAUGUCAUCACCUUUAAAGAAGAAGAAAUGCACCUCACAGGGGAAGAGGUCCCACUUCAAGCCACUAGUAUUGCAGAAGACCAUUUCUGGAGAGGAGUCACUCACUAAUGAGCUGUUGUCCUUUAAGAAGAAGCCUACCACUAAGGAGGAGUCCCUUUUCCAGGAGCCAUCUGCACUGCAAGAACAGAACACCACUCAGGAGGAGGUAUCAACCUUGAAGAAGCCCCUGGCCUUGCAAAAGUCUACUGAGGAGGAGUCACUUUUUAAGCAGGCUUUGGCUUUUAAGAAGCAUACCACUGAGGAGGCAACCCCCACCAAGAAGCCUUUACCUUUGAAGAAGCAGCAGCAUACCAUUCAAGGGACAAUGUCCCACUUGAAGAAGCCACUAGUAUUGCAGAAGACCACCUUUGGAGAGAAGUCACUCAUUAAGGAGUCAUUGUCCUCUAAAGAAGAAAAAGUGUCUUUAGAGAAAAAAAAAUGCGCCACUCAAGUGAUUUCCGUCUGUCAAGAAAUGUUGGACUUGCAGGAUGUGUUUGGCAAAGAUAAAAAUUCUUUCUUUACAGAGCCAGUGUCAUUUAAGAAGAAUCCUACAACUGAGGAGGCAGUUCUCACCAAGACCCAAUUAUCUCUAAAGAAGAAGCAGAUCACUCAGGGGAAGGUGUUCCCCUUAAAGAAGCCAUUGGUCUUGGAGAAGACCAUCUUGGAAGAGGAGUCACUCUCUAAGAAGCUGUUGCCCUUUAAGAAUAAAACUACAACUCAGGAGGAGUUCCUCUUCCAGGAGCCACCUGCACUAAAAGAGAAGCACACUACUCUGCAGGAGUUGUCUCUCUCAAAGAAGCCAUUGGCCUUGCAGGAGAAGACUACCACUAAAGAAGAAUCAUAUAUUAAGGAACCAUUGUCCUUGAAGGAGAAGCCUACCACUGAGGAAGAAUUCCUUUUUCAGGAGCUAUUCUCAUUGCAUGUAACUCCUGCCAACGAAGAAGAGUUCUUCUUCCAGAAGGCUUUGGUCUUGCAAGAGAAGAUUGAUACCAAGGAGGAUUCCUUGAAGAAGCUGUUGGUCUUGCAGGAAAACACCAACGAUGAGGAGUCCCUUAUUAAGCAGCCACUGGCCUUGCAGGAGCACCCCAACAUUGAGAAGGAGGGCCUCUUCAAGGAGCCCUUGGCCAUGCAGGAGAAGCCCAGCAUUGAGAAGGAGGCUGUCCUCAAGGAGCCCAUCACUGACACAGAGGCUAACUUCAAGAAACCUUUGGUCUUGCAGGAGAAGCCCAGCAUUGAGAAAGAGACCAUCUUCAAGGAACUCUUGGCCUUGCAAGAGAAGUCCACAAUUGAGGAGAAGGCCAUCCCGAAGGAGCCCUUGUAUUUUGAGGAGAAGCCCAGCACUGAUAAGGAGACAUUCUUCAGGGAGUACUUGGCCUUGCAAAAGCUUCCCGUGAUGGAGGAGGAAGCCAUGCUGAAGGAUCCGUUGACCUUGCAUGAGAAGCCCAGCAUUGAGAAGGAGACCCUCUUCAAGGAGCACUUGGCUUUGCAAGAGAAGCCCAGAAUUGAGAAGGAGGCUGUCCCCAAGGAGCCCUUGGCCCUGCAGGAGAAGCCUAGCAUUGAAAAGGAAGCCCUCUCCAAGGAGCUGUCAUCAUUGCAGGAGGCAUUCCUUUUUAAGGAGGUAGUAGCCUUGAAUGAGAAACUCACCACUGAGAAGGAGUCGUCCUCCAAAGAGCCAUUGGCCUUGGAAGAGGAUCCCACCUGCAAGGAAGACACCUUUCUCAAAACAUUCUUGAUCCUCCCAGUUGAGACCAGUCCACAUGUGUCCAGCACUGCCCCUGAAUCCAGAAUAGGCAAGUCCAGUGCUGCUACCAUGUCCAGUGUGGGCAAGUCCAGUCCUCCCAGCAAGUCCAGUGCAUGCGAAUCUGGUUCUAACAAAACUGUCUCACUUCAGGGCAAGAGAACACAGGAGGAGCAGAUGACCCCACUGGAAGAUAUUGAAAAGGACCUCAGUGAUCCAUUUUUCAAUUCAACGUAUGUCAAGGAUAUCUUCAGUUACAUGAAGGAAAGAGAGGAAAAGUUCAUACUUAAAAAUUACAUGAACAUGCAGGUUGACAUCAACAGUGACAUGAGGGCCAUUCUUGUGGACUGGUUGGUAGAGGUACAGAUGAGCUUUGAGAUGAGUCAUGAGACCCUGUACUUGGCAGUGAAGCUGGUGGAUCACUACCUAAUGGAGGUAGUAUGCAAGAAAGAUCAGCUACAACUUCUUGGUUCCACUGCCUUUCUGAUUGCAGCAAAAUUUGAGGAACCCUGUGAACCUUGUGUGGAUGACUUCCUGUACAUCUGUGAUGGUACUUAUCAGCGACAUGAGAUGCUCACCCUGGAAAUCGGCAUCCUGAAAACCCUCAAAUUUGACAUCAACAUUCCCACCGCGUACCACUUUCUGUGCAGAUAUGCUAGGUGUGUCCGUGCCAGCAUGAAGACACUGACCUUGUCCCGCUUCAUCUGCGAGAUGACCCUGCAGGAGUACGACUAUAUUCAGGAAAGGGCUUCCAAGCUAGCUGCUGGUUCCUUGCUCCUGGCCCUCUACAUGAAGAAGCUCGGACAUUGGGCCCCUGCCCUGGAGUAUUAUAGUGGCUACAAGACCUCUGAGCUUCACCCCUUGGUCGGGCAGCUGAACAUCCUGCUGACUUUCCAUUCUUGCCGUAGUCUCAAGACUGUGUAUUCCAAGUAUUCUCAGCAGGUCUUCUUUGAAGUCACCAAAAUCCCCCCCUUGGACAUGUUGAAGCCGGAGGAGAUUUUGAACUACUAAUUGUGAGGCUGAGGGCCUGGUACUCAGACAGCAGCCACCAGGGCCAGGCAGGCAUGUUAACAGGCUAUAUUUAUUCCAUGCUUGAAUUUGUCAUUUGAUCACUGUUCUUUACUUUUCCUCUCUGUUUAUAUUUUC